AUGUCAUCCGUCAAACCCAUUCACGCCCUUUCUUCUUCGACUAACCACAUAUCUUCGUCAACAUCUCAUGUCAAGACUGUGACGUCGCCCGCAAUGAGGCAUUCUCCUCUUUUCAGCGGCAAAAUUGUCGUUUACGCAGCAGGUUCUACGUUAUUCAACGUCACUCAUUCUGGUGCCUCAAAUGAAGCCAAGGAGUUUGAGCACAAGUUUUAUAAUCCGAGAAUACCCAAUGGGCCUGGCUCUAGCGAGGCUUGCCCGAUCAGACUAAGCGAUAGUGUCUCGGCAACCGACUUCACACUCUUUCUUCAAACAUUGUACCCUGGGGCUGGGCCAUCUUAUGUUGGGCCUGUGACGAUGGAGAACUGGCUCACGGUUCUUAGACUCUGCCAUAUGUGGAACCUGCCCCUCUCGCGUACGCGUGUUGUGUGGGAGCUGGAGAAACGCUUCUCUGCGUCUCUCAGCAACAGCGCGGAUAAGAUCGUUCUCGGAAACUACUACGGUGUCCACCAAUGGGUCAAGGCGGGAUGCUACGCCCUUACAUACCGCACCGAAAGCCUCACACCUGAGGAGGAAGACAAGCUCAGCGUAGAUCUUCUGGGGAAGGUACUGAAGGUCCGGGAAAAGUAUCUCUCCUGGGUGGUCAACAGUAUGCGGCCCAUCAUCUCUACUCAACGCUCCACUAUCAUCGCGAAGGAGUCGAUUUUCGAUUUCGACGUCGCGUUCAAGAAUGCUUUCGGGAUAAACGUCGAGAUGGAUCUGAGCGUUCAGGCCCACGUCUCCCCAUUUACGUUUAUCUAUUGA